AUGGAAAGUAGCGAGGAAGAAGAUGACUUCCCUUCCAUUGAGAGUAUCAUUCCCCAAUCCAAGGUCGACUCUCUCUACCAGUCUCAAACUGAAAAGGGAAUUAGAAAGCUUUGCUGUGAACUCUUAGAUUUGAAGGAUGCCGUGGAGAACUUAUGUGGCAAUAUGCACUCAAAGUACUUGGCUUUCUUGAGGAUAUCUGAAGAAGCUGUGGAGGUGAAACAUGAAUUGAUUGAUCUGCAAAAGCAUAUAUCAGCUCAAGGUAUUCUUGUACAGGAUUUAAUGACUGGUGUCUGCCAUGAAUUGGAUAAGUGGAAUCAAUCAAGUAAAGAUGUUGAUGAAAUUCAGGAUGAACCUGAACUCCUUGAGCCUUUGUUCAAUGAGGGAAAUGACCAGAAAACUCUAUUCUUGGAAAAAAUUGAUGUGCUUCUGGCUGAGCAUAAGUUUGAAGAAGCAUUAGAGGCGUUAGAUGCUGAAGAAAAAAAUUUUGCCGAGUUGAAAGUCUCAGGGAAUAACUCUUCAGAUGAAGGUUCCUCAUAUAAGUCUGCUCUCAUGGAAAGAAAGGCUGUGCUUGAAGACCAGCUAAUUGGAAUUGCUGAGCAACCUUCUGUUAGUUUUCCUGAGCUUAAGAAGGCAUUAGAUGGUUUGAUAAAACUUGGAAAAGGUCCCGUUGCACAUCAACUAAUGCUGAAAUUUUAUGGGUCUCACCUCCAAAAAAAAAUUGAGGCGUUGCUUCCCUCGAGCUCUCUCUGUCCUGAAACAUUUCCUUUUACAUUGUCUAAGAUUGUCUUCUCUGUUAUUUCGUUGACAAUAAAGGAAUCUGGUUUGAUUUUUGGAGAUAAUCCUGUUUAUACAAACAGAAUUGUUCAGUGGGCAGAGUGGGAAAUUGAAUAUUUUGUACGAUUGGUGAAAGAGAAUGCACCAUCAUCCGAGACAGUGUCUGCCUUACGAUCUGCUAGCAUCUGCAUUCAGGCUAGUUUGAAGUACUGCUCAAUUUUGGAGCCACAAGGAUUAAAAAUGUCUAAAUUACUAUUGGUGCUACUGCGUCCUUCUAUUGAAGAAGUUUUAGAGUCAAAUUUUAGACGUGCUAGAAGAGUAGUUCUUGACAUGGCAGAAUCAGCUGAAUGCUUACCAUUGUCACCACAGUUCGCCUCUUCACUUUCUGCAGUUGCAACUUCAUCCAGUAACAUGCUUGUUGAGAGUGGAGUGCGAUUUAUGCACGUAAUUGAAGAGAUACUGGAACAGUUAACACCAAUGGCUAUUGUGCACUUUGGAGGAAAUGUACUAAACAGAAUCAUACAACUAUUUGAUAAAUACAUGGACUCUCUUAUCAAAUCACUACCGGGUCCCUCAGAUGAUGACAAUCUUCCAGAGCUUAAAGAGGCCGUGCCUUUCAGAGCUGAGACAGACUCAGAACAACUUGCAAUAUUAGGACUAGCGUUUACCAUAUUGGAUGAACUAUUACCAAAUGCUGUAUUUUCGACAUGGAUACUACAAAAUGAAAGCAAAGAACCAAAUAGUGGACUCACGGAGAGUGUAGGUUUCAAUUCAAAUGCUAGUGUAGAAUUAAAGGAGUGGAGGAAACAUCUUCAGCAUUCUUUUGACAAGCUUCGAGAUCACUUCUGUCGGCAGUAUGUUUUGAGUUUCAUCUAUUCAAGAGAGGGAAAAACCCGAUUGAAUGCAAAUAUUUACUUGAGCGAUAACAGAGAGGAUCUUUACUUGGACUCUGGCCCACUGCCUUCACUUCCAUUUCAGGCAUUAUUUGCAAAGCUUCAGCAAUUAGCUACUGUGGCUGGAGAUGUAUUGCUUGGGAAGGAGAAAAUACAGAAAAUUUUGCUUGCAAGAUUAACAGAGACUGUUGUCAUGUGGUUAUCUGAUGAGCAAGAAUUUUGGGGUGUCUUGGAGGAUAAUUCAGCUCCUCUACUGCCUCUUGGUUUGCAUCAGCUGAUACUUGACAUGCACUUUACGGUUGAAAUCGCACGGUUUGCGGGAUAUCCAUCUCGACAUGUUCAUCAGAUAGCAUCAGCUAUUAUUGCUCGUGCCAUCCGGACCUUCUCCGCUAGGGGCAUAAACCCACAAAGUGCACUUCCUGCGGAUGAGUGGUUUGUCGAAACUGCGAAGUCGGCAAUAAACAAACUCUUGCUUGGGGCAUCAGGGUCGGAGACAUCUGAUAUUGAUGAAGAUCACAUCAUUAUUCAUGACGAGGUUGUCUCAGAUUCAGAUACCGUUUCUUCUCUGUCUACGAUGGACUCUACCGAAUCUUUUGCUUCUGCUAGCAUGGCAGAACUUGACAGCCCCUCUAACUUGUCUGAUCCUGAUAAUUGA